AUGUCAAAUAGUAGGUUAAGCGUUCUCGCAUUCGAACAAAAUGAAUUGAUCACACAAGACACACGACGGAAACAUCAUGGGAGGACACUUGUCUCAUCUGGAGAGAGAGAGGAAAAUCCGGAGAAGUUGCACGCCUCAUGUGGACCAAUUCAAGGAAAUAUUUAUAGGCAUGACACCAAAAUUGUCGAUGGCUAUCUAGGAAUUCCCUAUGCAAAACCACCAACCGUCCCCCGACUCAACUGUGCCACAAUCACUAAAGCCCAAUGUGACUCACCAACAUGGCGUGUGAUCAUCGCUCAAGACUGCCCAGCAUCUUGUGGAUUCUGCAACGAAGGAGGGUGUGUGGACGCUGUCACCAACUGCAGUAACGACCUCUCCAUCUGCACCACCGUCGGUAUGCAAGACUUUGUUAAUACCUACUGUCAAAGAACCUGCAACCGAUGCCCAUCCACCACUGCAGCAUCUGGUACUGUAACUUCUACAGGAUCAUCUACUGGAAACUGUACAUCCUACAUUGCUGAUACCGCUUCUCAAUGCUCAGCGUGGGCUAGAAAUGGAUUCUGCACCAACAAUUUUUACACCUCAGCUCAACGCAGAGCCAGAUGUGCUACUACUUGCAGAAUUUGCUAA